AAUUACAAUUUAAAAUCCAAUAUCCCUACGAAAAAGAAGCGAUGGCAGGUGCAGCUACAGCGUUGUUAUUGUGUCAGCAGCAUAGCUUCGUAACCGCUAACUGCUUCUUCUCAGCUUCUCAAAGGAAAACCAGCAACACCGUCAUUUCUUCUAAGCAUGAGGUGCUGGUGGUUGUCGGCGCCGGAGCUGCUGGUGUCUAUGCAGCCAUUCAUGCCAAGACUCUCGCACCGCACCUCACUGUUCUCAUUUUUGAUAAGGGAUACCCUCUCUCCAAGGUUAAAAUUUCUGGAGGAGGCAGAUGCAAUGUCACAAAUGGCCAUUGUGCUGACAAUAUGAUUUUGGCAGAAAACUAUCCGAGGGGUCACAAGGAACUGAGAGGAUCUUUCUUUAAUUUGCAUAGCCCAGUGGAUACCAUGGCUUGGUUUACCUCUCAUGGGGUGGAACUGAAGACUGAGGACGAUGGUAGGGUGUUUCCGGUUAGCAAUAGCUCUUCUUCAAUAAUUGAUUGUCUUAUGUCUGAAGUGAAACAAAGGGGAGUUUAUGUGCAGACAAGAAAAAUUGUAAAAACAGCAUCUGUUACAAACAGUGGCAAAUUCCUUCUUGAGAUUCAGCAGCAACCAGCUGAUCAUGCAGAACAUGUUAAAGCUGAUUACCUAUUGAUUGCUACUGGUAGUAGUCAACAGGGUUAUACUCUUGCAUCUCAACUUGGUCAUUCAAUUGUAGAUCCAGUGCCAAGCUUAUUUACAUUUAAAAUAGAAGAUUUACGUUUGAAGGAGUUGUCUGGGGUUACAUUCCCUAAAGUUAAAGUGAGGUUAAAAUUGGAGUGUGUCCAAAGGAAUAUACCACAGCUUACACAGGUUGGCCCAAUGUUAGUUACACAUUGGGGACUCAGUGGGCCAGUUAUUCUCCGAUUAUCUGCUUGGGGUGCUCGAUACCUUUUCAGUGAGGGUUACAAAGGGAGACUUAUUGUGGAUUUUGUUCCUGAUGUGCAUGUUGGAAGUUUGAAGUCCAUUCUUUCUAAUCACAAGCAUAAAUUUGCGAAGCAAAAGUUGCUCAAUUCAUGUCCUCCUGAGUUUGGCAUAACAAAAAGAUUUUGGAGCUAUGUGCUCCAACGGCAGGGCAUAAGUGGGGAUAUAUUGUGGGCUUCUAUUUCAAAUGUUUCAUUAAUGUCCAUUAGUUCUCUGUUAAAGGAAUGCAUAUAUGAAGUUAAUGGCAAGGGUAAAUUCAAAGAUGAAUUUGUUACGGCUGGUGGUGUUCCCUUAUCGGAGAUUUCACUUAACACAAUGGAAAGCAAGAUUUGCCCACGUCUUUUCUUUGCCGGAGAGAUACUGAAUGUUGAUGGUGUAACUGGUGGUUUCAAUUUCCAGAAUGCAUGGUCAGGUGGAUUUAUUGCUGGAACUACGAUUGGUGCAUUAGCUUGAAUCUUAUCAAUAUUCAAAGUGAAUACCAUUUGUAUGCUUUUUGGCGGUGGUAAUUUCUUUCCAUUUUGGGGCCAAGUUGUUUUUUUCUUUUCUCAGGAAGUGGAAGUGUACAAGUUUAUCUAUCUCUUUGUUUUAAUUUCUCUGUGCUUUUCUUUUUAUUUUAAUAAUAAUUAGUUUACUGAA